AUGGAUUUUUUCGGUCCUGAAGACGAGAUUUACCCGAUGAGGCCGCCAUACUUCUCCCCUACGGCGAUAUUUUAUGGCCGACUAACGACAUCGGUAAUGGCUUUCUGCUCUGCUCUCAUGCACACGGCAUUCAUAGUGGGUACUUGGAGACUAUGCGGAAUCGGUGCUCGCUCGGCAUAUCUUGUGCUUAGCUUCACAGGAUUCGUCGGCUUUUGCUUCUCAUUCAUAUUCCUCGUCAGCUCUUUCUUAGCUUUGGUCGGAUUGAAAUGGGAUGAUUGUAUCAUUAUAUGGCAGACCACCCAGUACACCAAUUUUCUUAGUGGUUUACUAGCCAAACAUCGGUCUGAAAGUCCAAUAAAAGAGGCCACUGGACUGUUCUUUUCGUCCAUCUGUCAUCUGUUCUUCUUACUAGAUGACCAGCUCGGAAGUGCUUUAGUGUCGAUCUAUAUUCAUCAGGAUUUCGAAGGCUGA